AUGGUCAACCGAACACGGACGUUGCUGCUCUCCGGUCUGUUGUUGGUCGUGCCUUGCGCACUGGGUGAGUCUCCCUCUCCCUCGUGGUUGACCGUCUGAGCGCUGCCACAACAUGCUCUCAGCUUGGCUUCGGACGCGGCGCGCGGCGGUGUACUGGCGGGGUGGGUGUGUGUGUGUGUGUAUGUGUGUGGCGACCGAGUGCGGCGGUCACCUCUGACAUGGGUGCUGUACUGCGCUGCGUUGGCAUGGCAUGGCAUCAGAGCUCUGUGCAUGUCCUCCGAGCAUGCUGUUUCAGUGACUAACCGUGCCCUUGUACUAUGCUCAUGUGUCACCUCGCUCGCCGGUCGCUGCUCUCGCCGUGCUCGACGUGGUUUCGCACUCCGAUCGAUCCGCAUCACCUCACCGUGUGUGAUUCAUCCGUAUACGCACGCCACUUGGAUCGACGUAUCAUCCCACAGCCCAAACGAUCACAACGAUCGUCACGGAGCAGGUCAGUACUCACGACUGGCCCCUGCAUGACUUGCGCUGUAACUGAUUCUCCCCCCUCGCUCGCUCGGCGUGUACAGGACACGCUCUCGACCAUCAUCCCCGGGACGUGCUCGACGACAUGUGCGACAUGGCUCACCAGCCUCGGCGUAAGUAGCACCUUUCUCAUGAAACCCGCGAUCUGGCAACUCGACCUCGCACCUCGCUGCGCUCUACUGUCCGCGCCGAUUGUUUGGGCUCGGGUCCGGCUCGAUCCGACGCGUGCACCGCACCAACCCCCCGCCGCCAACGCUCGCUGUCCGGCCGUGCUGGUCGGGUCCGGUCGCGCGAGGCCUCCUCUAAAAAUGACCUCCUUUCCGGAACACUUAGCGCCGACGAGCGGUGCCAUUCUCAGGAGACAUUGCGAAUGCACCCCCCCCCCGGUUUGGCGUUUGUUUCCUGAGCGAAGAACCCGAGAAUAAACAAAUCUGUGGGGUCCGACAUCCGUCGACGGAACAAGCUCCCCUCGCUUCGGUCAUCCCCGACCUAUUCCUAGCUUACAAACCCGGCGGGACGAGCCAUGACGAGCGAGCAGGCACUUGUUGACCUUCUUACAUCCUCUCUUCUUCUCAGGCCUGUCCCUCCACACCGGAUACGACGGCCGCGACGACCGACUACAACACCUGCGUCUGUGACGCCGCGUUCGUUACGGCCUUCACCACGUGCUCGGCCUGCAUGACCACCGCCUUGACCGCAGCGACCGAUCCUCAGCUCGCCUUACCGGCGACGGCUUUGGCUGGUGAGUGGACGCUUUUUCCGGUCGUGUUGUCGAAUCAGUGGAUGCCUGGACGAGAUGAAAACACCGGGACGUGCUCGCGAGAUUUCAAAGUGGCGGACCUCGGCGCAUACGGGCAGCCCGACGUCGGAGACGGUUGCGGUCGGAAUAUGCCCUGAGACGAGAAUGGAAACAGCGGAUGCUAAAUGUGGCCUUUCCUCCAUCCCACGACAGACUUGACCGCUUACUGCGCCACCGUUGCCGGAGGAACCGCCGCCACCCCCGCCGCCGCCACCACCGCCACCACCGCCGCAACGACGACCGCCGCCGCCUCACCAACGACGACCGCCGCCGCCGCCUCACCAACGACGAAUGCCGCCUCCUCCGUCGCCGCUUCUCCUACCGUUUCCAGUUCGAGCACAACGCCUUUCAACACCACCCCUACGGCGGUGAUCAUCACCUCCGUCUUCCAGGGUCAAGGCUUCCCGACACAGACCAAGUCCGCGAAUGUGUUUACGGGCGAUGCGCAGGGUCGUGUGCAGGUCGCGUUGGGGGCUCUGCUUGUUGCCGCGGGGGCGGUUUGGUUCGUUUAG